GCGUGCGCACUGGCGGCCUCCGCUCUCUCGCGGCCAGAAUAAAACGGAGGCAGGAGCGCGCGCGAGGCAGUAGGCGACCGUCGUGCGAGUGAGAUUCACGUUGUCUUGUCUUCCAGUGACGCUUCUUGACGCGCCGAAAGAUUGCGUCAUCGUUGGUCUCCCUUGCUCACUACUCCCUGAACGUUGACGAGUCGCCGCUUGUUGUCCCUUCGGCGUGAGUGCGUUCCCUCGCAACUUGUGUGGCCUCUGUGAAUCUGUGUCAUGGUGUGGCCGUGCCAUGUCAACCCCUGAGGUGCAGCGACCCGGCGGAGCACCUGCAUGAGGGUGGCGGCGUUUGUGCGAGCGUUGAGGAAUGGCAAGAGAGAACGGCGAGUUGAGUCACGCUGACCGCCCAGCCUGUCACGCUUCCCCGUCAUACUCAUGGAUAUUGUCACACUGGAGGUGAGCUCCCACUCAGCCUCUCUCCACGUGUCCCCGUGAUCCUCUUGUGAUUGUUCAUAGUCAAAGAUGGGGUAACUGACCUCCCGUUGAGGCUACAAAAUCUUUGGUGCUACUAAACUAUAAUGUUUCAAGUUAACACGUUACGGAAGUGAGUUGCAUUGUCUUGAGUAUCCAUAAGGAAUUGACUUCCCUUCAUCAGUCAUCUCCAGUUUCCUCUUGGUCGUGAUUGUAGAUAAGAUUUUAUACCGUCCUUUACCUCGUGCGAAGGAAGUAUUUCCGAGUGGCUCUGUGAUCCGCCCUUGCUCAUCUGUCUGACCCCUUCCCGGCUCAUCCCGAGCCCCAGUGAUUCCAUGAUGGACAAGGUCGCAAGCAGUCCCGCCCUGGCCACGGCAGAGGGCUGGCCAGUGGAAGAAACGCCCGCCCUCAGCGAGAACGAGGUAGCGGCGCUGGGCGUGGCCCUCGGCGUAGGCAUGAGUGUCAUCGCCAACACUGAGGAAACGCCGGAGCGACACACCGUGGCCGACCUUGCCUCCCUCGACCAUGCCUCUGCGCUCAACCUGGCUUCCGUCAGCCAGUCCACGGAGGACGUUGUCCUGGGGUCAUCGUCACGCCUGCAAACGCUCCCCGAGACGUCCGAAGGAGGCAGCCAGGAGGACGCAGGAAGCGCGGCUGCCGAGGGCGAUGACGACUCGAGCCAAUCCGCGAGCAACAAAGUGGCCUCCUUCUACAUCGGCGACGAGCACGGUUGCACGAGGGACUUGCCUCCUGCAGGAGUUCCCGACCCGUCCCCUCGCCCCCCGCUUCCCCCCCGGCGAGUCCAGAUCCAGGAGCUGGAGGCCAAGAAGACGACGGUGGAGUUCACGCCGCCCGACGGCGGAUAUGGCUGGGUAGUGGCGUUAGCUGCCUGCGUCGUCAACUUCUGGAUCGUCGGCUUCAUCAAAAGCUACGGCGUCCUGUACGUUCAUGUCCUGAACGCGUUUCCCGACGCGUCAGCCUAUCACGCUUCGUGGCUGCCCGCGCUGCUCUCCACCAUUGGCCUCAUCAUAGCUCCUGUCACGGGCGUCCUCUGCCGUCGCUUCACCUCCAGGAAAGUGUCGUUCUUCGGCGGUAUCUUCAGCUUCCUCGGCCUCGCCCUCGGGUCCCUGGCCAUGAGCAUGAAUCAGCUGAUCCUCUCGACGGGUGUCCUCACAGGUCUGGGCGCCGGCCUGACCACGACGCCGGGGGUUCUCAUCGUGUCGCUGUACUUCGAGAAGCGGCGCGCCCUCGCCUCCGCCAUCUGCGUGUCUGGCAACGCCCUGGGCGGCUUCUUCCUGCCACCGCUGGUCGAUCACCUCCUGAGCACGUACGGCCUUCGGGGCACCAUGCUCAUCCUGGCCGCCAUGCAGCUACACAUUUGCGCCGCGUCCAUGCUGUACCGGCCCAUCCGCCAGCACGCUCUCAUCCAAGCCGUGCGGGCCGCCCGCGCCGCCCGCGCCACCAGGGAGGACGAGGCCGACGCCGCCGCUGAUCUCCCCGAGCACAAGCUAUUACCCAACACGCCCGCGACGCCGCGGCCGCCCUCCGCGCCGGCUGCGGCCUCCGCCCCCAACACGCCCCUUUCGCGGCCGCACGCCAUCUGGCAGAAGAUGGUGCGGCGGCGCUUGACCUCAGUGUCCGUGACGGUGGAGGACGAGGAGCUCAAGGGCCAGGUGUCCUUCCUGAGGUCGUCCUCCAUGAUGAACAGCAUUCCCGACCUGACGCAGUACGCGCGCUCGUGGAGCAUCUCGGUGGACAGGGCGUCGCUCGGCUCGCGCUCCUCCUCCAUCCGCCUCGCCCUCGACAGCAAGUCCUCGCUCUCCAGGCUCAGCUUGGGCGGCUUCAGCAAGUCGUCCUUGAACAAGCUGACGUGCGGCGAGUUGCGGCACCCGCCGCUCAUGCGACUGGCGUCGGACAGCGAGGAGCGCGCCGUGCGCCACCCGACGCUGCUGCGCCUGGCGUCUGAGGAGGACUCGCGCGUGUUCGGCUCACGCGUCCACGGCGGCAGUGCGCGACGUCUGUCACAUCCACGCCCCGUCCAGGCGUCCUCCGAGGGCCGUGUGCAGCGCCAGCCGUCCUGUCGCAGCCUGGAGGGCAGGGUGCAGCGCCAGCCCUCCUGCCGAAGGGUGCAGAGCAGAAUCAUGGACGCCGUCAAGGAGCAGGACACGGACUCUCAGGGAUCUGACGAGCUCGAUGAGUGCCUGCAGAAGCUGUCGGAGCAGGAGCAGGAACGGGUAGCCUCGAAGGGCGACGAGGAGCUGCCGUCGACGGAGCUGCCGGCCACGAAGGCGCCCUCGGUCGAGGUGCUCCCCAUCGCCGAGCCAUCCCCGCGGAAGGGGCCGUCCGCGGACGCGCCGGCGAAGGGGGAAGCCUCGGCGCCGGACGCGGAGAAGCAGCACGAGGGUGAGAAGGAGGACAACCUGGACGACGAGCAGCUGGUGGUGCUGGUGAAGCGGCCCAACUGCUGCUGCUCGUGGCUGACCAGCUGUCUCGACCUCUCGCUCUUCACCAACCCGCUGUUCAUGAUGAUGGCCUUCUCGGUGUUCUUCAUGGCCUCGGGCGCGCCCCACGCCAUCUUCUUCCUCCCGGCCUACGCCAACUCCAUCGACAUCCCGUCCUCGAAGGUGCCCCACAUGCUCUCCAUCUCGUCCAUGGUCGACCUCUGCGGCAGGCUGGGCAUCGGCUUUAUCUCCGACAUCGGCAUCUUCAGGAUCAGCCAUCUCUAUUUCAUAAGCGCCCUGGCCGCGGGCAUCGCCACCCUGCUGAUACCUCAGAUGACCACGUUCGCUUCCCUGUCCGUGACGCUGGGCGUCUAUGGCUACGGCAUCGGCGCGUGGUUCGUGCUCAUCCCGACGCUCCUCGCCAAGCACCACGGAGCCGCCAGACUGGCCUCGUCCUACGGCCUCGUGAGGCUCUUCCACGGGCUCAUGAACUUUGUCUCGCCUCAGAUCAGUGGUCUCAUGAUCGACACGACGGGAGACUUCGGCAGCUGCUACUACUUCAUGGGAACGUUCAUGGCGCUGUCGGCCUCACUGCUCCUCCUCGAGCCCGCCCUCCUCCAGUACUCCGCCAAGAAGUCCAAGGAGAAGCAGGCACAAGAACAGGCGCUCAAGACUCAAGUGUGAGCUUUCGGAGGCGAGGUCAAAGUGCAGGAACAUGAUCUGAAUUCUAAGACUCAAGUGCGAGCCUGCGAGGGCGAGGUUGCGGCGCUCGAAGCUCCCUUCCGAGCUUGCCUUGGUCUCCGCGAUGUCGAGUGGUGCUCUUCGUGGGACUUGCGUAUCUGUCUGUCUGUCUGUCUCUCUCUCUCUUUCUCACUCUCUCUCUCUCUCUCUCUCUCUCUCUCUCUCUCUCUCUCUCUCUCUCUCUCUCUCUCUCUCUCUCUCUCUCUCUCUCUCUCUCUCUCUCUCUCUCUCUCUCUCUCUCUCUCCGGUUUGUCUGAAGAGUAACUAAUAUUUCAACUUUUUCUCCGUGUGUUUGUGCGUCUAUGCUUGAGUGCAAGUAUGUGAGCUCGUGCACAUCUGUCUACACUUCCGUAUGUAAAGGCGUACGUAUGUGAGAGAGAGGAGAAAAGAUAUUUGACUUAGUGUUCUGUACGACCUCUACGAAGUACAACUCCAGCCGCCGAUGCACACACGGUGCACAUGUACAGCACACGCGGCAGUUCCCUUGUCGCCGGUGCCUGUUGCACUGCACACGGUGUUCGUCCCUUGUAACUCACCAAACACAAUCAUAUCGAUGUUGGAACAAGUAGCAACUUCUCAGAAUGUAUUAUACAAACAGUAUUGCUGAUAUGUUUGGUCAUAUUUUUUAUGUACUUUUUUCUGGUAAAGGUUUAAGAAGUCUUCUGAAAACCUCAUGUUUCUUCCAUGUUAUUUUGGACCGCUGUUUGACGCGACGUUUAUAUACAGGCAAUUGCCCCCCUCGGAGUAUUUAUAUGGAUGUAUGGGUAUAUGUAUGUAUAUUUGCAUACAUGUGAGCAUACAUGCGUAAAUGUUCCCUUUGUUUCUUUUUUAUUAUUUUUGGAAAGUUCAGCCUCCAAAGAACACAAUAUAAAUUCUGUGUUCGCCUCUGAAACUGAUUACUAGAAUUAUCAUACAUAUGCAAUUAUAUGCAUCACUGAACUCAAUUUUUGUGCGUCUUUUGUAUAUAAAUGAAUGGAUAUAUAUGUGUAUAUAUAUGAACAUGGUAUAUGUAGAAAAGGUAUGAAUGAGAAAGAUGUAUUUAACCGGUUUCAAUUACAAGAAAUACAUGACGAAGAUAUAAUCGAAACCAGUUAAAUACAUUGUAUUGUGAAGAUAUUAAUUUUCAUUCAUACCUUUUCUACAUUUGUCAACACGAAUACGAUUCAUUGA